AUGCCGCUUGCCAUCCCCGAAGAGCUUGCCCUGCCGGAUGGAGGCUUGCGGAGUAGCCAGUGGCGGCUGCUUGUGGAGGGCUAUCACGCGGGGCUCCACCACAGCGAGCGUGCCUCCGGGCAGGAGGCCUGGCUCGUGCUGGUGCUGUUUUUGUCCGCGACGGCGGCGGCUUUGGCGGCCCGCUGGUACUUCCAGGGGAGAUGCGCCGCGCGAGGUUCGAGGGAGGAUCCCUUGUUGCUGGAGCUGCAGUCUUUGGAGGAAGGUCUCCGAGAUGCUCCAGCCAACGUGGCGUUCAAUGACAAUGCUGCGCAGGUGCAGCCGCCUGAGUUCGUCCGCCCCGGACUGGAGCCGCCCGUCUCCCUCCCCAGCGAGCUUGGGCCACCCGCAACCUCCCCCACGGAGCUCUCCCUCCCAAACAGGGGACUGGCGUUAUCCGUGUCCCUUCCCACAGAGCCCGGGUCAACUGCAAGUGUGCCCAUCCUCACGCAGCCGACGUCACUUGUGUCCAGCCCCACGCAUCCGGGAUCACCCGUCUCCCUGCCCCCUGAGCCGGCGUCACAGGGCACAGCGCCGCCAAGCGCGGCUAUGCUUUGCCCUCAAAGACCAAGCGUGCUGCACCAUGACGACGAGGAAUGGCGACCUGACGGAGGCGAUCCGGAGAGCGAGCCAUGGGUCGAGGAGGAGGAGCCGCAGGUCGAGCUCUGGCUUGAAGCCAAGGAAUGGAAAAGCAUAUGCCGCUUUGCUAGGGUCUACGAGGAACGCCUUCAUCAUGCUAAGGAACGAGGCCUUGUGGGUGGGUCCUUGGCUUGA